ACCAUUACACAAUUUAUGACGAAUAUGGCCGUCUAUUACGAAUGGGAAUAUUCGCGGUUAUUUUUUCUCAAUACUUGCUUAAUUAUCUAGUUUUUAUAUUUUGAAUUACAUUGCCUUACAGUAUAGAAUGUAAGUCAAUGCGCGUAUUAAAAUCUUUGACGUAUCCUGAAGAUGCCAGUUAAUCCUGUGUCAGGAACGAAAAAAGGUGUUGAAAAAUCUAAAUUUACAUUAUCCCUAAACAGGAAUAAUGCUACAUAUUUGAACGACGAAAAUAAAAGACCUGUGAUUUCGAAAGGUAUUUCUAGCUCUCUUAAAGUGUUCGACAAUAAGGAGAAUAAGCCCUUAAAGAGAGGACUUAACAGCACGUAUCUAAAUACUUUGAAUGCUGCAAAGAAACUAAAACCAUUAUCGGAAACUCCGAAACUUGCCGAUAGCAAGCUGAUAGUAUUAGCAAAGCCAAUUGGCAACGCUGCCAUGUUGAAUGGCCAUCACCAAGCAGACAAUCAGUAUGGGGGAGGGACACAGUGGAAAGCCCCUAUUGCUACUCUGUCUAACUUGGGGAACACUUGUUUUCUAAAUAGUGUACUUUAUACACUAAGGUAUGCACCUCGGUUUCUCCACAAUCUACACCAUCUGGUAUCAGAUUUGGCAAGUGUGGAGCAGAAAUUAGGUAGCAUCAGAUUAAAGAGUUCAUCAUUAGGCCGAAGUGCUGCAGGUUUAGCAUCAUCAGGGACCAGAUCAUGGAGCAGUAAGGACUUACUGUCUUUAGGACAAUCUGAUAAUAGCGCUGGGAAAAGUAAAAUACAGAUUGCUACGGAGAAGCUGCAUGAAACAUAUUUAAAUCUCCGAGCAGCGGAGAGCAAAUGCCUCAACAGCGGCUCGGGAGAUGGAAGUCCAGAGCCUUAUGCUGCAGAUGCCUUUCUUGCCGCACUCAGAGAUGUUAAUUCUACAUUUGAGGGAAAUCGCCAACAAGACGCCCACGAGCUGCUGGUGUGCAUACUAGACAAUAUCCGGGAGACCUGCCGCGCGCUCAGCACUAGGGCGUCGCGGCUGCAGGUACAUGAGAAUGGAGACAGUAACGGGCUGUGUCGGCACGCGGGGCUGGAGGAGGGCAAGCCGACGCUGGGCAGCCUGCGCAAGUCGUGGAAGAAGUGGGUGUUUAGACAUUGA